AUGUCUUUGUACAAGAUCCGUAUGCCGGAGACGGCGGGGGAGGGCACACGCCUUGCCAUGCGUGCCUUCUCUCUGGUGGUGGCGGUGGACCAGCACGGCGGCAUCGGCGAUGGGCGGUCGAUACCGUGGAACGUGCCGGAGGACAUGAAGUACUUCAGGGAAGUGACGACGAAGCUGCGGGGAAAGAAGGCGAAGCCCUCGCCUGCGAAGCGCAACGCCGUGGUGAUGGGCCGCAAGACGUGGGAUAGUAUUCCACCCAACUUCCGCCCACUCCCCGGUCGCCUCAACGUCGUCCUGUCGUCGAAAUUGACGACGCAGCAGCUGCUGGACGGCCUGCCGAACGAGGAAAAGCGGAAGGCGGCUGCAAAUAACAUUGUGGCGGUGAACGGCGGACUUGAACAGGCCUUGCGGCUGCUCGCCGCCCCCAUUUACACGCGGAGCAUUGAAACGGUCUUUUGCAUCGGUGGUGGCUCCGUGUACGCCGAGGCCAUCCGUUCGCCGUGCGUUGGGGUGCUGCAGGCCAUUCAUCGCACCACCAUCUGCACCAGUGGUCCGUCUUGCAGCGUGUUUUUUAACCUCCCCGAGACGGGGACGGAGGUGGCGGGGGGCAUUGAGUGGCGGCGGGAGAGCAUCACCACAGAGCUCACGUCGGCCAACGCGGAGGGGACGAACUACUACAUUGAGAAGCUGAUUCCACGCAACCGCGAGGAGGAGCAGUACCUGGGCCUCGUUGACCGCAUCAUACGCGAGGGAGCCUUGAAGCGGGAACGCACUGGGGUGGGCGCCGUUUCCCUCUUCGGCGCACAGAUGCGCUUUUCGCUUCGCAACAACCGCCUACCACUUUUGACCACGAAGCGCGUUUUCUGGCGCGGCGUGUGCGAGGAGCUGCUGUGGUUUCUGCGAGGCGAGACGUACGCAAAGAAGCUAAGCGACAAGGGGGUCCACAUCUGGGACGGCAACGGCUCCCGCGCCUUUCUAGACAGCCGUGGCCUCACAGACUACGAGGAGAUGGACCUCGGCCCUGUCUACGGCUUUCAGUGGCGCCACUUUGGCGCCGACUACACACGCCACGACGCCAACUAUGACGGAAAAGGCGUUGACCAAAUCAAGGCGAUUGUUGAAACGCUCAGGGCAAACCCCGACGAUCGACGGGCGCUCUUCACGGCGUGGAAUCCAAGUGCGCUGCCCAGGAUGGCCCUGCCGCCGUGCCACUUGCUUGGGCAGUUCCACGUGCGUGAUGGGGAGCUGUCUUGCAUGCUCUACCAGCGCUCAUGCGACAUGGGCCUGGGCGUUCCCUUCAACAUUGCGUCCUACGCCUUGUUGACGAUCCUCAUCGCAAAGGCGACGGGACUGCGACCGGGCGAAUUUGUCCACAGCCUCGGCGAUGCCCACGUGUACAGUAAUCACAUCGAGCCGUGCCAGUUGCAACUCAAACGUGUGCCUCGGCCUUUUCCGUUUCUCAUUUUCCACCGCGAGCGCGAGUUCCUCGAGGACUACGAGGCGGAAGACAUGGAGGUCAUUGACUACACCCCGUACCCCACCAUCUCCAUGAAGAUGGCUGUUUAA